UUAUCUUAUUGAACGAUUGUGAUAACGAUUGUGAUAAAGAACAGAAAAAGGAGAGCCUGUGUAGAGGCUAGUACGUACGUACGUAUGUGUUGAGCCUUCCUGAUCCUCGGAAUAAAGGCCGUCGAGUCACAGAGAUCCAGAGCGAAGGGAGUGCUUCCAGUCUACCACUGGAUAUGAGUAAUUACAAGUUAAAGAAAACAUUUAUCGGAUCUUCUUCAUUGGUAAUUAUUUUGAUUGGUAUCUUCUAUAUCCAUCAAUACACUUCACGGCCACUCAAUGUAUUUGCUCGUUCAGAUACUGGUACUAACAGUUCAGAACCAAGUGAUUCUUCUAUGGUUAUUCGAUCAGCAUACAUUGACACACGUGCGAGAAAUGGUCGCAAACACCCUGUGUUAGUGAUUUUUGCAGAGACCUCUAUGGAAAUACGCAAACAUGGGUUAAUUGAAGGCUGUGGUGCUGAUUCCAUUAAUGCUAAAGCUUUCGAGAUUUCUACUCUUUACUUUCCCUGGAUUAAUCAACAUUACCCAAAACUUACUCAUGAGGAAGUAAUGAUUGAUUGUUACGAUCUUGAAGUCCAUGAAAACAGCACCGCUUUUGUGCGUUACCGUCCACUUCCAAACUCAAAAGAAGCAAUAACAGGUACUAUUGACAUUACAUACCCUGCACGUAGAGAUGACUAUAAAGACAAAGUUGUUGUUUGUACAAACUGCUUUGGCAAACCACCUUGGUUAAGUGAGUGGCUGAAAUAUCAGAAGACUAUUGGAGUUGAUUUGGUUCAAUUAUAUGUUGAAGAGCAAUUUAUGAGUGACAAUGAAAAUCUCAAAAUUGUUGAAAGUUAUAUUCAAGAAGGUUUCCUGAAAGUAGAAAAUCGCAAAACAUAUUUCGAUACAUCACAGAUUAACUACCACUCACAACUUCUAAACUAUCAUGAUUGUUUGUAUCGCUAUCGAGAAGUGUUUGAAUUUGCCUUCUUUUUAGAUACUGAUGACUUUUUUAUCCCACGUUUUCCUAACAAGACUAAUGUACACGACUAUGUCAACCAAUUUUUUACUGAGGACAAUCAAGUAUCAGCUGAAUUUGUAUGGCUCAAAUAUUUUCCUGAUUGUGGCUUAACACAACCGUUAUCAAAUUUGAAAGACGGAAAUAUAACACGCUUACUCAAAGUUAAAGAAUUCUGGACGGCAUCGGAGAAAAAAUUUGUUUGUAGACCAACCCUGACGACAUCGGUUGGAAUUCAUUCUACAGCUGGAAUAUUGGAAGGAACAACAAUCGUUCAUCCACCUGGCAAUGUAGCUUACAUAGCACAUGUUAGGGCUCAGGAAUUACUACACCUACCUCGUAAUGCUAAUUGCAAAACUUGACUGAUAUCACAGCUAUAAUGAUAUUUAUAAUUAUAUGCAUAUCAGUUUUGAGAAGAUAUACAAUAACGAGUAUAUAUUGCAAGCUGU